AAUGUACAUGAAGAAUUCCUUUCUGUUGCAGAAUUGUCAAAGUUAGAUGCAAAAUCAUUGUCUUUGAAAAUCAUUAAUGUUCUUGAAAAAAAUAAAAUUACUGUAGAAAACUGUAUAGGACAAGCCUAUGACGGAGCAUCAGUGGUGUCCGAAAAACAUGCUAGCGUUAACGCUAUUAUAAAAAAUACUUUUGCUCCACUAGCAUUUUAUACCCACUGUUUCAACCACAGAUUAAAUUUAGUAAUUGUUGAAGUGGUGAAAUUAACUGAAUGCGUCGAUGAGUGUUUUUCUGUUCUUCAGAAAUUGUACAACUUUAUAAGCUGUAGCACCAUCCACCCUCUAUGGGUAAAUACUCAAAAAGCUGCAGACUUAAUAGUAAUAGAACUGAAGCCAAUAUCAGACAUGAGAUGGGCUUCCCAAGCAGUUAUGCUGCAAAUAUUUUGUAAGAGACUACCAGCCAUUUAUGCCGUGUUGAUAAAUGUAAAUAACAGCAACUCGCAUGGUUCUGACAGAAAAUUAGAAGCACAGAGUUUGUUGCAAUGCAUUUCACCAGAAUUCGUAAGACUAGGUCUGGUCUUACGAAAAAUUUUUGAGUAUUCAAAAAUAGUAUCUGAUCUUUUACAAAGUCCAAAACUUGAUUAUUCUGAAGCAUUAAACUUACUUAAAGUGCUAAUUGAAAACCUUCAAGAUUUAAGAUAUGAAGUUGCAUUACAGGAACUUUGGGAUGAGGCUCAUUCGAUUUGUCAGGAAGUGGGAAUUGGAGAAGCAAAGACUAAAAGAAUUCGGCAAAUGCCAAAGAACUUGCUCAUAUAUUUAGUUGAGUCACCCGUAGAAAAAAAUGAAGUAGACACGUUGUAA